AUGCCACGCUGGCAUCCAAGAUGGCGACCCUUUGCCGGGUUAGCCUGGAAACUUAAAUGCGAGUCUGUGGAUGGUGUAAGCAUUGAGGCUUACGUUCAAGCAAUCGCUGAGAUUAUUGGUGGGCAGAACGUUGUUGCAGCGUUACGAUCUAAUGAACAGAUGAUGGUGCUUUUCAUGACCAUUAUUGAAUUUGUUGGGAUAGUUACGUUGGUAAUAAUACAUCAUUUUUCUGGAUUUAACGUGUCACCCAUGGCACUGAAAGCACUUUCAGCAAACACAAAUUUCCCACUAUGGCGUUUCCCAGUAAACAAUGUGAGCAACAGAAUGGCUUUAAAACGUCCUUCAUGGAAUAUUACCUUGGGUGAGCUAGGAAGUAUGGGAAUGACCAGCGCUAAAAACUCUUUAUUUCGCAUCAGAGGAAAUAUCUCAAAUUUUCACUUUGCUGAUCAUAUACACAUCAUGAUAGAUGCCAAAGAUGAUAACGGAAGGCAACGCGUUCUUGGUGGUGAUAUAUGGAAACCAAAGAUGUUCAAUCCAAAUCUCAAAUCUAGUAUAAUUGGCAAGGUAGUUGAUUAUGACAACGGUACAUACAGUAUAUACUUCUUCGCUGCAUGGAGUGGGGAAGCGUUCAUUGAUAUUCAGCUUGUUCAUACUCGCGAUGCUGCACUGUACAUUGAGGACGUUUUCAGAAAAAAGGAAAAAAUGACGUGGCAAGCUGUCUACAGCAGAGGUGGCUUAGAAGAGACGAGUAUGUGUCACCUGCGUCGUGAGGGGACGUGGACCAACCAGUGUGAACACAUGAGAAAUCCACUUUUUGGUAGAACGCUUGUUUUGUGUGAGAAACCAGCGAGUCUGGCAUGUGGGGACUUAAACUAUUUUCAUACAUCAAAGGUAUCAUUGGACAAUAGGCAGCACCUUGAAGACAUGUUUCACAGGUCCUAUCAGAAGAUUAACGGCAACCCAAGUAAAUUGAUCAUACAUAACUCAUCGUUCGGACUACAAUCUUUAUUUAGUGAAAUUCCAAUAUGCAGUGACGGACUAUAUAUAGAUGAAUUCAAGCCUACUGGUUUCUGGAACAACAACACCUGGCAUUCGUUGGUUUGUCAAACUACUCGUUUUGACAGACAGUCUAGUAGAGUGUGUUUGAAUGAAUAUAGUGAGUUAUAUUUUCUUGGUGACUCAACAUCAAGGCAGUGGUUUAUAGAGUUAUAUCAAUUACUUGGUAUUCCAAGCGAUAAUGUCACGUGGGAUGAACAUUAUAAAAAUACUCCGAAAAAAAUCCGAAAAUUCCUUUACAAGAAAACGCGCGGAAAAGCUGUCAUCGACGGUAUGACUCUAUUCUUUUUAUUCCACCCGUUGGCCUCAACUAAACAAAAACUAUUACUGGACCGCUUUCCAUUAGAAUACGAGAUUUUGGAAAAUAUUAAAACGUGUGACACUGUAAUAGUACUUGGCACAUGGGCUCAUUACACACGUUGGACUGUGACAUCAUUUGAUGAAAGACUGCGAUAUAUUAAACAACACUUGUAUGAAUAUAAAAAGAGAUGUCCAAAUUCAAAGAUUAUUAUUCGUGGUUCGCAUGCGCGGGAACAUGAUGGCUGGGAAAAGAACCUUGGCAAUAGCGAUUUGUUGUUGAGAGGCGUCAAUGAUAUAUUGAAGAAUGUCUUUAAAUCUGAGUUGUGGUUGACAUUUAUUGAUGUUUGGGAACUUAACUAUUCCUCCUUUGCGAAGCAGACUGUGCAUAUGUCCGAACACGUGGUAAAAGAAGAGAUAAAUCUUCUACUCUCAAAUGUAUGCCCCGAGAAGUAUUAUUAA